GCAGAAAGCCGCAGCUGUUGCUAAUAACCGUGGUAGGUUGUCAACUAAGGGUUUGGUUACUGUUGCUGCUGCAAUGAGAACAUCGGCAGUGCAUGAGAGUGAAUUCAAUCCAUUAAUUGUCAUCAUUUGAGUGUGUGCGUGUGCCUGCGUGUGUGUGCGCGUGUGUGUAUGAGUGUGUGGGUGCAUGUGUGCGUGAAGGGAGCAUGCGUGAUGUGCGGUGUGCGACCACAUGCUCUCCAGCAGGCUGCCGGCUCCUCACUCUGCUCCACUGACCACGCCUCUGCUCUUCCUCUUGUUUGUCUUCAUGAAGACUCCUGACACCGGUGAUGUGAUGAAUAAAUUUGAAGUCCUUGGGAUUGUAGGUGAAGGAGCCUAUGGUGUUGUCCUGAAGUGCAGGCACAAGGACACUAAUGAGAUUGUGGCCAUUAAGAAGUUCAAAGACAGCGAAGAGAAUGAGGAGGUCAAGGAGACCACACUACGGGAGCUUAAGAUGCUGCGCACCCUCAAGCAGGAGAACAUUGUGGAGCUCAAGGACGCGUUCCGCAGGAGGGGCAAGCUCUACCUGGUCUUUGAGUAUGUGGAGAAGAACAUGCUGGAGCUGCUGGAGGAACUGCCCAAUGGUGUGUCACCGGACAAAGUGAGGACCUACAUCUAUCAACUGAUCAAAGCUAUUCACUGGUGCCACAAGAACGACAUUGUCCACAGGGAUAUUAAGCCUGAAAAUCUCCUCAUCAGCUCCACCGACAUUCUUAAGCUGUGCGAUUUCGGCUUUGCACGCAAUCUAUCAGAGGGAGACAAUGCCAACUACUCAGAGUAUGUGGCCACCAGGUGGUACCGCUCCCCAGAGCUGCUGCUGGGGGCUCCAUACGGAAAGGCUGUGGACAUGUGGUCUGUGGGCUGCAUCCUUGGGGAGCUGAGUGACGGGCAGCCCCUGUUCCCAGGGGAGAGCGAGAUCGACCAGCUGUACACCAUCCAGAGGGUGCUAGGGCCUCUGCCACCUGAGCAGAUGAAGCUGUUUUACAACAACCCCCGCUUCCAUGGCCUGCGGUUCCCUACAGUGAGUCACCCUCAGACCCUGGAGAGGAGGUACCAGGGUAUCAUAGGUGCCGUCAUGCUGGAUCUGCUAAAGAACCUCCUGCUGCUGACCCCGUCGGAGCGCUAUCUGACUGAGCAGAGCCUGAACCAUCAUGCCUUUCAGACCCAACGUGUGACAGACCGGUCCAACCCAAUUUCGCCUACACCUGUCCGCUCCUUAAAGAAGAAGCUCCACCACAAUGACAACAACACCUCCAACAGGACCCAUGGAAGCAAGAGCUCAGGGCAUCAUCGCUCCAGCAGCAAGGAUUGCUCCAGCCUGCAUCGCCAUGACGAUCUCCACCCCAACAAUGACAACUUUCUCAAUGGGAACAUGCCUGCCUCCUCCAGUCUCAGCCCUACACUGCACCCUAAAUCCUAUCAGUCCCUGAACCGCUCAGCCUCCUGCAGCAAGGACCUGGCUAACAACAACCAGCCUCACCUUCUCAGCCCCAAGGACACCAAGGGCAAAGAGUUUGAUUUCAACACGGGGCAGAAGGCUGCUGACGGUACCGGCACCAAGUACCUGAAGGGCUCUUCUCGCUCCCAGAAGGGCCAGCACUCCUUCACCGAGGGCAAGACGAGCACGCUUCAGUCCGGUGAGAAGCAUAGCCGGCAUGGCUACGUGGAGUCCUCCCACGCGUCCAUGCCUUCCUCCACUAAAAGUUCAUCGUCCUACAUGAACCUGUCCAAGAGCCAUGGGACGCUUACCGAUGCCAAAUCAGUGGGCAAUCUGAGCGAUGCACAGAGCUCCUGCUACUUUCCUUCCAGCUGCCUGGAUCUGAAUGCUCAGUCCAGCCCGUCGGUCCGGCACCGGGACUGGCCAGCCCCGAGCCCAUCUGGCCGUAGCACCCUGGACUCUCGGCGCUCUUCCACCCGCCACAAAAACCUGGAGGAUGGCAAAUCAUCCGAGCUCCUGGACACUAGUGGGGGAGGGGGGCAUGGACACUCUCUCUCUGCCCCCCACGAAUCGUACCCCUAUGGCCUGGGCUACACCAGCCCCUUCUCCUCUCAGCAGCGCCCCCACCGGCACUCCAUGUAUGUGCGACGUGAGAGACAGAGGGUGCACAGGCCAGACGUGACGAGUCUGACGGUGGGCCAGGGGUUAUCUACCCGUGCCAGCAGCCUGCAGCUCCUCUCUCCUCAGCUGCAGCACCGAACCUUGACCCACCACUCAUUAGGCUCAUCCAGAGAGGACUGCACGGACGAGAGGAGUGACCCGUCCUCCACAGAUGUGACGCACACCAGACCCCCGAUUAAAGAGUCCACGCGGGACACUUCAGCACCAUUUCACACACAACGCCAAAAAAACGAGGUGGGUAUGUACCCAGAACCGCAGACAGAAGACGGAGUUUCUUCCCAGGAGAGCCGCACCAUCUUUAGCAACUCCAUGCCCAGACGGAUAGGCAGCUUCUACAGGGUGCCGUCUCCCCGACCAGACAACACCUUCCACGAGAGCAAUGUCCAGAGCCGGGGAUCCGCUGUGGCCGGGGACGGCGGCACCAUGAUCAACAGCUCCAAGCGCCAGACCACAUUCGACCCAUGGAAUAACUCAGAGACCAUGAACCCUCCAGAACCGUCCAAAGAAAAGGAGAAACAGGGCUUCUUCAGAGCAAUAAAGAAGAAAAAGAAGAAGUCUCAAACGGUUCCUGGUGAUGGACAGGACACCCUAGUACAGAACUCCAGUAGGCUGUCCUCACACAAGAGCAGCCGGCACAAGAACCGAGACCAAGAGAGGGAGCGGGAGAGAGACAGAGAGCGAGAACUUGACAGGGACAGAGACAGAGAUGUUGAAUGGUCUUCAGAGAAGGUCACUGAAGUACCUCCUCAGACCCAGCCACUCAAGUCUCUACGUAAGCUCCUUCACCUCUCCUCAUCCUCCCACCACACCCCGUCGUCUGAACUGCGCUUCCAGCACCUGCCCAACCCCCAGUCCAAAGGGGGAUUUGUCGAAGGGCGUGGUCACUCCGUCAGCGGGUCCUCACAGGCCAAAAGCUGCCCUACAGGCUACCCCCUACCAGGGCAGGUGGAGUCCAACUGGCAUACGUCAGCUCUCGGCCGUGGCGAGGCCACAACCUACCCCGACCAAAUGCCCAGCAAAGCGGAACAGAAGGGGCACGGCUUCGGCCGCUCCUCUCGCCUGCGGAUGCCAAACCUCAACGACCUGAAGGAAACCGCUCUGUAGACCAACACCAUGCCCGUGCCCCCGGCCCUGACCUCUGACCUCUUCACAGCUCAGUCUACUGCCCACUGAGCUGCACGUAUUACAACACGCUCGACAGCAGGAGUGUGGAACACAGGGUUACCCUUGGCGUAGGGGUAGUGCUGUGUACGUCUUAGAUUUUUUUAAGCUUAAAUAUUUGAUAGAAUUUGUAAUAUUUAUGAGUACGAUUUUUGUUUGAACGAUAUAAAUAAUUGAAAACUAUGUAUAUGGUUAAAUUAAAUUCCGUAUAUAUGUGAGAGCUUUAGUUUCUACACAGAGUAAGUAUAUUAAGUUUCUCGCAUAAUUAUUCUAUUACAAUAUGAAUAUUUAGGUGUUCGUGUCAAAAACUAGGUUGUUCAGAACAUACGGUAUUGUAACAAAUAUAUUUUUUGGUUCUUAAUUUGGUUUUAUUCCUCCUUGAUUGUGUGGCCUCUGACCUUAAUUGGAGAUGCAAUCAUAAAGGCUGUUUUUCUACUCAGAUUGGCUGAAGUACAAAACUCGUUUAACAGGCUCACUCUGUUUUAUAUGUUUUACAUUAUUUUCUAUGUCCUGUCUGUAGAUUAUAAGUACUGGACAGGACAUUUAACGACAUAAGAAAAUGUAAGACUGCCUUUGUGCAGCUGUUUUGUUUUUAUAUAACAUAGCAUAUCAAUGGUUCUGAAUAACAGUUUUAAGAUAUUAGAGUUUUGUGCAUUACCAAGGUUUGCCCGUAGAACCACUAUUAAUUACUUUUUGUGUUUUGUUUGGACUGUGGGCUAAAUGACAGGGAUGUGAUGAUCCCUAGAUGAAUCCCUAGCUUGUCCUAGGAAAAAUUACGUGGGAGGUUGGGUCAGUGGCUGUCGAGUGUCCCGCUAGUGUCCUUCCAGACCUGGUCCUCCUAUACCAUGGGAAUAGCUUUGGUUGUGGUGCCAUAUCCUAGCAGCUAAUAGACACUGAAAGAAGCAGUAUGUUUUCUACUGAUCACUGCCCAAAUUGAACAUUUUCCAGUUAGUCCUAUGAGAGAGGAGUUUUGAAUAUUUUGGCCUUAGGUAGGGUAAGCACUUUCCGGGCCACGUCAGUCAGUCUGGCAGUUACCCUAUUGAUUGUAUAUAACUAAGGGAACACAAGUUUUGCCCGUGCACUACAGAAGGAAAUGACAGAAGCGUUUCUUCCUGAAAGGCCCCAUGCUACCCACUUUGUUGCAGGGAUGACUUGAGAGCUACUGCUCCUACUUUAGUGUAAGGAGUUGUUUCUAGUUGCCAUGAUAUUUUUGUCCAGCAGAUGGAGCCAUGCUAAAAAUGCUCAGGAGCAUCCUAGCGCCACAAAAUCCUACAGGAUGUAAACAUUAAGUCCUGCUGCCCCAGCCUUUUUGUCAUUAAACAUUAUGUCACACAUACAGAGGGAAACAGUUGCCAGUGGUUACGUUUAUCAAGUGUUUAUGGAUGAAAUUACAGGACGUAGUGUUUGUCCUGUAUAUAGUCAAUAUCCUGGAGAAAUAAAUCUAAAUCUAAAACCAUAUCACCACUAUUUAAUGAGGAAAUACAGGUGCAAAUGCAGCAAUACAGAAAUAUUUAAUUCAAAAUGAUUUAAGAUUAGAAAGUACUGUAGAUUAGGUAUUUUGAGUAGUUGUUUUCAAAUUUUACUGUAUUAUAAAACUGUAAAUUAUAUUUUGAUAUAAUGUGUAGCUUAGGGAUCUUUUAGACCAUUUAAGACUCAAAUAUCGGAGAGAUUUAGUUUAAAUGUAACCCAUUUAUCCUCACACAAGAUGUAUCACUAUAUUUAUUUUGAUGUGUUAUUAAUGUAAGGUAGAGGCUGAUUCUCUGGGUCUUUCAGAUUGUAAGCCCAUAAGUGAGCCAUCUCCUCUGCCCAAUCUGUGUAGGAGAGCAUUCUUUAUUCCAAGGUUGGGCAACUCCUGGCCUGCGUGGGUCCGGGCUUGGCAGAAUCGGCUGUUUAUUUUCAGGCAGCAUCUGAUUUCGAUCUUAAAUACCAGAUUUAAUCCACUGGCAUGGAUUAAACAACUAAGAGGUGGAGCAGAAUGCCAGCUAACAGACUUGUAAGCCACACGGCUUGGAGUUGCUUUUACUCUCCAGAAAAUCUUACGCAAGACCACAUGGGCCAAAUGUAUGUUGUGUAAUUCAGUUUGAUGAAAAUGUAGGGGGAAAAAUUAAAAUAAAUGUCUAGUCUUUUAAAAAAUCUAAUGUUGCACUUUAAACUGACUACAGUGAGAUACCUUGUCCCAGCUGUGUUCUGUUCUCACAGUAUAUAACCAAUAUGAAACCCAGGAUAUAGCAUCUCUGGUGGAAACCUUUCUUGGGAACAGAGAACUCGUGUUGAAUUUGUGGUCUGUGUGUUUCAGGUACAUUAACGUGAAGUAAGUAUUUGCCUUUUCUACGCUACAUACUGUAAGUUAAUAUUUUUCUUUUUCUGCGAUAAUUGAUUAUAAUCUUGAAUAACACAGUGUAUUAUAUUAAUACCAGUGUGUGACUAUCUCUGGUAAUACAUAUACAUGGAAAAGAACUUUAUCGAUGCUUAAAAGCAAGUUGAAAUUUUUUAUGAUUGUUAUUCAGACAAUCAAAAUUGUAGCAUUCAGUUUUUAUUUUCCUUUUGUUUUUGUUUAUGGCAAAAUUAUGUUUGAGGUGUUAUCAGACAAACAAAGGAAGAGGGAGGUAAUAUAAUGAAAUGAGGUUUCCCGUUCUAAUAAUGUCUAUAACUCAUAAUAAAACUAAGGACUGAAUGAUA